AUGCCUAAUGGAACGAGGUUCACCCAUGGCUUCAACAUGNGGGCCAAUUCCUCUGUUGCAAGGCAAGCUACGUACCAGUCUGCUGCUUAUGCCUGUAAAGCCAUUGGAAGCAAUUUGCUUUUCUGGGAAUACGGCAAUGAACCUGACUUGUUCCACGCUUCUGGAUACAGACCCGGACCAGCCAAUUGGAGCGAAGUCAACUAUGUCGACGAAUGGUUGAAUGGAACAAGCAACAUUCAGAAUAUUGUGCAAGAGGCUUGCCCACAACUUGCAAAGACUAAAUUUAUGGCGCCUAGUAUUGCUGGUGUAGCUGCUAAUGAAUACUUUACUCUGGAUCCAGUCACAGUGUUUAAGGAUAACAUCAACGCAGACAACAGCAUCGGCAUCAUUUCUUCGCACAAUUAUAUGGGUGUUUCCACUGCUGCUGGUAUAACUCUGCAAGACACUCUCAUGAAUCACACCAAUGUGAUUGUCAAGGCUGCAGCACAACUCAAUGUCUCUGCCAAUAUCGCUGCUUUAGGGGCUAAAGCCCCAAAAGUCCCAUUUAUACUCGGCGAACACAAUAGUCUGGCGAGACAGGGACGUCCUGUUNACCAAUCCUGGCAACCCAUCACCACAAACCUCACCACCAUCGGCACAAAACCUCCUUACUACGGUAACCUCGCAGUAGCAGCCAUGUUGCAUAAACCCUGUGCCUCUUCUGACCUUCGCAUCACCUCUUUACCCGCUUCCACAGAGUUUACUGCUUUCUACACCGCUCAUGUGGAUACCACACUUUCCCGUAUCUUGAUUGUGGAUCUACAUACCUACAACACCACUGCAAACAACUAUACUACGCCUUUUGCUCGCCCAGUGCUGCAACACAGCUUCAAACUGCCGAGCGGUUGCAAGGGUGGCAGUGUGCAGAGGUUGAUGGCGAAUGGUAGUGAUGCAACUACAGGGAUCACCUGGGAUGGAAAGAGUUUUGCUUAUGAGUUGGAUGAGGGUAAAGGUAUUAAGCUCUCAAACAUCACGAGUGGGGAAAUUGUAAAGGUGGAUAAGAAAGGUGGGAUCAAGGUGGAUGUGCCGUGGAGUAGUGCUGCAAUUGUGACUUUGGAGUGUUGA